GUCACUGCAUACUAGUGCCAUCCAGAGAGCAGGGCUUUCCAGGUUCUGAGGAUGUUUAUGAAUGUAAUUUUUAUCUUCCGAUUUGGAAGGCGAAGGUGUGUUUUUUGUAAACGUGUCAUGCUAAAUAGAAUUUUGAUUUCAUAUCUAACAUUUAAUUUUGGCAAAUAGAACAAUUUGGAAGUGAUACAAACUGUUGGAACUUUCUCUGAGAUGGUUGGUUAUGCACUUCAGGUUCCAAAGUUGGACCAUCCCAUAACUUGGGCAUAUAUGAAGUGUGCAAUGCAGAUUUGUUCUCCAUUUCACGGUUUAUUUUAACUGCUUUUGGAGUGCUUUAUAGAAUUUGUAUCUUCUUUUCAAAUCGUUGCGCAGAAAACGUGAAUUUCUCCUUCUGAUGAUUAAUAUUUACAAAUCUUGCAUUACUGUACAAGGUGCAGCUUUCAUCUCUUCACGCCCUAAAGCAAAAGAGAGUCAAGAAGAUGGGUCUUCCACAUGCCUGGAUCAAGAAUGGUUGUAUUGCUGGCAGUGGCAGAGAUAAGGGAGAUCCCAUUUGAGGAGUAUGCUUCAUUCCAAGUGAACCUCGUCGAUGGCCAGGGCCUCACCGCAGAACUGCUUAAUCAGCAACAUGAUUCUCAUCCAAAUCCAAACUGCCUCCCUCUAUAUAUACCAUCCGAGAGAGAGAAAAAGAGAGAGAGAGAGAGAGGAUCUCUCAUCUUCUACCUUGCGGAAGGACGGCACUUAGGAUCUGGUGAGAUGAGCGGACCUGAGAUUGACACAGUUUUCCCCGGCGACGGCGAAAGCAAAGCGGAUGAGGAGAAGAAGAAACAAGACAAAGCAGACGAUGACCUGGAAAAUUCACCAAUCGAGGAAGUGCGGCUAACUGUCCCGAUCAUGGACGACCCGACUCUGCCGGCACUGACGUUCCGGACAUGGACCCUCGGCUUGACCUCAUGCCUGGUGCUGGCGUUCUUGAACCAGUUUUUUGGGUACAGGCAGAACCCGCUCAGCGUCCCGCCGCUCGCGGCGCAGCUGGUGACGCUGCCACUCGGCAGGUUGAUGGCCGCAAAGCUGCCGAAGAAGAAGGUCAAGUUUCCGGGGACGGCCGGCUGGGAGUUCUCGAUGAACCCUGGGCCCUUCAAUGUGAAGGAGCAUGUGCUCAUCACCAUACUGGCCAACUCGGGAGCCAAUGGCGUCUAUGCAGUUCAUAUUGUCACCAUGAUGAGGGCGCUCUACCACAGAAGCAUCCAUCCCCUUGCUGCCUUCCUGCUCUCACAGACCACACAGUUGCUGGGAUAUGGAUGGGCAGGUAUAUUUAGGAAGUUCAUGGUAGACUCACCUUACAUGUGGUGGCCUCCAAAUUUGAUCCAAGUGGCCUUGUUCAGGUUCUCUCUCUCCCUGGCUCUUUCGCGGUCAGUUUAUGAUCAACGAUUCCUUUGUGACGGAAGACAACAUAAUUGCAGAGCGCUGCAUGAGAAGGAGGUGAGGAGACGGGGAGGGACGACGCGGCUGCAGUUCUUCUUCGUUGUCUUUGCCAUCAGCUUCGCCUACUACAUCGUCCCGAACUACCUGUUCCCCUUCGCCUCCGCCUUCUCCAUCGGCUGCGUCAUCUGGAAGGGCUCCGUCCUCGCCCAGCAGCUGACCUCCGGCUACAGGGGCCUGGGCAUCGGCGCCUUCGGCCUCGACUGGGCCACUAUCAGCAGCUACCUGGGCACCCCCAUCGCUACUCCUGGCCACGCCAUCCUCAAUGUCAUGGCCGGGUUCGUGCUCUUCCUCUACGUCCUCGUCCCCAUCGCCUACUGGACCGACUCCUACCACGCCAAGCGCUUUCCCCUCAUCUCUUCCGGCGUCUUCGACGGCGCCGGCCACAGAUACGACACCGCAACCGUCAUCAACCCGAAGACCUUUCAGUUCAACCCCGAGGGCUACUCCAAGGUUGGCCCCAUCCACCUCUCCCCUUUCUUCGUCUUGUCCUACGGCCUCAACUUCGCAACCCUCGCUGCUAUCUUCACCCACAUCAUCCUCUUCCAUGGAAGGAGCCUAUGGGACCAAACGACGCAGGCAGUGAAGAACCAGAAAAUGGAUGUUCACACCCGACUGAUGAGGAAGAACUACGAAAGGGUGCCUGAGUGGUGGUUUGGCGUGCUGCUCCUCAUCACCAUCGCUUUGGCCUUCGCCGCUUGCCUAGGCUUUGGCGGUCAACUACAGCUCCCAUGGUGGGGCAUUCUCCUCGCCUGUGCAGUUUCCUUCGCCUUCACUCUCCCUAUUGGCAUACUCACAGCCACCACUAAUGUGCAACCUGGGUUGAAUAUCAUCACGGAGAUGAUCAUAGGGUACACAUAUCCCGGCAGACCUCUCGCCAACGUUUCCUUCAAAACUUAUGGGUAUGUUAGCAUGAUGCAAGCCAUCUACUUCCUUUCAGAUUUCAAGCUGGGCCAUUACAUGAAGAUCCCACCCAAGUCCAUGUUUGUUGUUCAGCUCGUUGGCACUGUUGUUGCAACCUCUCUCUACUUCGGCACAUCUUGGUGGCUCCUCUCCACUAUCCCCAACAUCUGCGACUCAGAAAAGAACCCGCUGUGGGACUGCCCCAACGACAACGUCUUCUACAGCGCCUCCAUCAUCUGGGGCGUGGUCGGACCGGUCCGAAUGUUCGGCAGGCUGGGUCUGUACAGCAAGCAAAACUGGUGGUUCCUAGCGGGCCUGCUUGCGCCCAUCCCGGUCUGGGUCUCGUCGCGCAUGUUUCCUGAGAGGAAGUGGAUCAAGCUCAUCAACGUCCCGGUCAUACUCGGCGGCGUCCUCAUGAUGCCGCCGGCCGGCGCGGUCAACUACUGGUCCUGGGGGGUUGUGGGCAUACUCUUCAACGUGGUCAUAUACAAGAGGUACAAGAAGUGGUGGUCUCAGCACACGUAUGUGAUGUCUGCUGGGCUCGAUACCGGGGUGGCCUUCUCAGCCGUGCUCGCCUACUUUGCCCUACAGACGUGGCUGGGCCCCAACGACGAGUAUGGACCCAUAUGGUGGGGCCACGUUGAUGGUUCCUACAAUUGCGACCUAGCCAAGUGUCCGACCGCGGCUGGAGUUGUGGUGGAUGGCUGCCCGGUGGUCUCGGGGCUUGACGCUUAAGUUCUUCUUGUCUUGGGUUUGUUUUAUGCAAAUUUUAUCACGGUGUAAAUGAAUUUUUGGCUUUUGCUUGGACAGGAACGAUGAUU